AUGAAACAGCGCUUUUUGUUCCUAUUCCUUCUUUCCCAGGUGUAUUCAGCUCCAGCUAUAGUUACAGUUUGGCAGACAGUAACAUCAACUAUACCAGAUGGAACAACUCCCGCUGUAAAUACCCAACCAGUUGCAAACACACAACCAGCUGCUGUAACCACAACUGUUCAACCAGUGGCUGUAUCUCCAGUUGUGGAAACUCAAGCGAUUCCAACUACUACUGCAACUGCUGGGUUCUGGGGUAAUCUUUUGAACAGUCUUUUGGAUUCUUCUUCGUCAUCCUCAUCUUCCCAAGAAGCAGCAGCAGCUGCUGCUGCUGCUGAUAAGCAAGUACCACUGCUCAAUCCACAUCAUCAACCGGUUCUUCAUUGGCCUCUUUAUUGA